AUUCGAUACGUUGACGCUCUAUAACAUGUCGACGUCCGGUGACGUUGAAUCGAUCUCCAGUUCCUUGCCGAAUUCGGCACCGGGAUCGGCUCCUGGGUCACCAAGAAACAAGGUCAAGUUUCUCUGCAGCCAUGGCGGCAGGAUCCUUCCUCGCCCUUCCGACGGCCACCUCAAGUACGUCGGAGGCGAGACUCGCGUCAUCUCCGUUCCUCGCAAUAUUAUCUUCACCGAACUUAUGAGGAAGCUUAGCAGUUUACUCGAAGGUGAUGUGAUCCUAAAGUACCAGUUGAUUCCCGAGGACCUUGACGCCUUAGUCACCGUAAAAUCCGAUGAAGAUCUCCGCCACAUGUUCGAAGAAUACGAUCGCCAGGAUCUCGUCGGAACGCCAAGGCUCCGGACCUUUCUUUUUCCGGCAAGCCCGAUUAUCAUCGAAAACCAGAUCGGAGCAAUGGAUCGUCAUUCUCUUGAGCAACGAUACAUCAACUCCAUCAACGGCAUCAUCGUUAGUUCAACCCCAAUAUACAGCAACUUCCGACCACCUGCAAUUAACACCAGUCAAACGACCUUCACCAUUUCUUCCGCUUGCUCUUCCCCUAGAACACCACCGGAGUCCGCCAUCCCCACCAUGGCUCCUGACGCUAUAAACCCUGAUCAAGUCACUGGUUUCCGUAAACUUGGUGGCUCAAUGACAAGAGCACAUAGCUCCCCUAGCUUGUGUAAUCUCGCCGGCAAUCUUCCGACCAGCCAUAAGACCCAAAGCCCAAGAUCAAAUAUGAACCUGAGCCUCACCAACCAGCAAUACCCUAAUUAUCACCACCAACUCCAAAGUUACCGCCAACCACCACCGCCUCCUCCACCGCAACCACAACCACCACCAUCACCGUACCACCCCCACUCCCACCCACACCAUGGCCACCUUCCUCACCCAUCUCCCAAACCACCACUAAAUCCUGGCCCUGAGCAAUAUCUCCGGCAAAGAGCUUCCGGUGUACCGGAUUAUUACAGGUACUCAAAUGAACACAGUCCACAUUCAUCAAAUCCGUACGCUCGAUCAAGCAGAGGUUCGGGGCAUAUGGCUUAUCAAAGAGGUUCGCAUUACGAUGAUUAUAACAACUUAGGGAAUAGCAACAACAGGUAUGAUCGGGAAAGUCCUCCGGGAAGUCCGUUAGCAAGAAGCCCUCAGUACCAAAACAGCUAUAAUAUUAAUCCAAAAUGGGAUUCCGUUGGUGGACGUUCAUGAAUCGAGAAUAAUUAAUUAACAGGUUGGUUUUGUAACGAUAUGAUCGAUGUCAAAUUAAACACCUUCUUCUUCCCCCAUGCAUUGUUCUUCGUUUAUGAAUGGUAUAUAUAUAUUAUGUAGAUAUGAUUUCUCGAGAUAAAUGACCAGCGCAUGAAAUCAUCU